AUGUCCAACAACACAAUGGUCAACAUGUCGAUCGAAAUGAAAUAUGACAAUGAUGACACUACCAGCCCAGACCAAAAGCUCCCCGGUCUGGAAGCUCUCGAAAUGGUCAAAGGCGCAGCCAGCGUCGUGGCCGAAAUUGAACCGAGUUCCAGUGCGAGCUCCAUCAUGGGAAGCAGAGAGCAUCACGAGAGGAUGCUGGGGCCGCUGGAAGUCUGUGUCCAUGACCUCGUCCAGGAGCAAUCCAGGCAACAUGGCCAAACCAUUGCCGUUCACUCGAUUGAAAAAGACCUCACAUACGCCGAACUGGAACGGUAUGCAGAUUGGAUGGCGAAGUACCUAAUGGUCAAGAGGGACAUCCAAGCUGGCCAUAUAAUCCCGUUCUGUCUCAAAAAAUCCGUUUGGACGAUGGUUGCCAUGCUGGCAAUUAUGAAAACAGGCGCAGCUUGUGCUGCCCUGGACCCGUCCCAACCCGUGUCGCGGAUCAAGCGAAUUCUCGACGACACGGAAGCGCCUCUCGUCAUCGUCCACCGCGACUAUCUCGGUUUAGCCGAGACGUUGGAUGUGCCGAGCAUCGUGCUCGGCCCGGACCUGUGGGAAGGGACCUCGUCCGGAGACACUGAUAAGCCUCUGCCUGUCGUGGAUGCGACGCAGCCGGCCUAUAUCGCUUUCACCUCGGGGAGCACCGGAGAGCCGAAGGGGAUUGUCGUUCCCCACCGGUCCAUUGCAACCAGCAUGCGAGAGCAUGGUCCUGCAACUAGAGUCGAUACUGAGACCCGAGCACUGCAGUUUGCCAGCUACACCUUUGACAUGUCCUUUCAGGAGAUGUUUACCACCCUGACUCACGGCGGCUGUGUCUGCGUUCCGUCGGAGGCGGAACGUUGGAACGAUCUGGCCGGCGCCAUGGAACGACUUGGGGUGAACUGGGCCAAAUUAACUCCAACUGUCGUGCGGCUCCUGCAUCCGGAGCAGGUUCCAUCCCUGCGGACCUUGGUCGUCGGCGGGGAACCGAUCACUCAAGACAUUAUUCAAACGUGGGCGCACCGCGUGGACUUGAUCGUCUCGUACGGGCCAGCAGAGGCCUCCAUCAUGGCCGCCGUCUCUGAUCCCUUGGCCCCCACUGCUCUUCCCCGGGUGAUCGGUCGCCAAGUCGGAGGCACCCUACAUGUCGUCGAUGCCGGCAAUCAUGAUCGUCUUGUUGAAGGGUCCGGGGAGGGCGAGUUAUUGAUUGAAGGUCCCAUUCUCGCGACUGGGUAUCUGAAGGAUCAAUCUCGGACUGAUGCCACGUUCAUCAUUGACCCUAAAUGGGUAUCCUGCGACUCAGAGAACGUAACUACAGCGCCCAGGCGUUUCCUUAAAACAGGUGACUUGGUACAUCGCGACGAGGACGGGGUAUUGUACCACCUCGGGCGCAAGGAUUUCCGCCUCAAACUGAACGGAAGACUCAUUGACCUGGCUGCUAUUGAGACAUGCCUUCUGGGCAGCGCUCAGAUUGCGUCGGCCGUCGUCAUCGCGACGCGGGAGGAUACUUUCUGGCAACAAUCUCUAGUUGCGGUGAUCUCGGCCAAGCCAACGCCCAGCUCUAGACCCGACCCGCAUGAUGCUGGUCAUAUUCGCAUCCAGACGCAGCAUGACCUCAUGUUGCCGCUGAUACGUGACUUGAAGGACGUAGCCCAAUCGGCCCUUCCUGACUACAUGGUUCCCACGGUGUGGCUGGUUGUUGACAGUGUGCCGCGGCUGCCGUCCGGGAAGAUACACCGCCGCCGGGUUGUUCAAUGGCUGGAGAAUCUGGACGAGUUUACGGUCCAGGAGAUUCGGAGCAUGCAGAAUCACACUCCCCACUGCGAGCCUGAAACGGCCAUGGAACGCCGGUUGCGAGACAUUUGGGCGGAGGUGCUGAACAUGCCCGUGUCGACGGUCAGCACCAUGGCCUCCUUCACAGGGUUGGGAGGUGACUCGGUAGCUGCCAUGAGACUGGCUCGCAGAUGUGCAGCGCAGGGCUUGGAGAUCGAUGUCCAAAUGAUUUUGCAGAAUCUUUCCAUCACAGAGCUCGCACCGAGGGUGAAAGUGGCGGAACAUAGCACUGACACCAGCGCUGACAAUGAAAGAUUCUCCAUUGGCAUAUCACUCGAUCAACUGUGCCAAUCACUUCCCCCUCGUUUGCGUUCCUCGAUCACUUUGGAUGACGUGGUAGAUACGUACCGGUGUUCGCCAAUGCAAGAGGCCAUCCUGCUGAGCAGAUCACGCUUCCAAGGAUACUACGAUGUGCGUUGGGUCGCGGAAGUCGUAAGCAUCGACCAAGACACGCCAAUUAGCCUACAGCGUGUGCGGGAUGCAUGGGUAGAUGUGGUUCGUCGUCAUCCAGCCCUGCGGACGUUUUUCGUGCAGGACGCGUCCACCGGGAAUCGUCUGCUCACACAGGUAAUCCUGGGCUCGUUCCCGCCCUUGGUCAGCAUAGACCACAGUCAGGCCACGCUGGACGGGAUCAUGGGGGUCAAUGCUGCUGAGUCUAGUGACCCAUUGCAUCAGGAACCACACAGGCUGUCUUUAUUCUCUCUCCCGACUGGUCAAGUCUUUUUGAAAUUAGAAUUGAACCACGCGCUUUCCGAUGGUGUCUCGACGGCACUCAUCUUUCGAGACCUUUCCCUGGCGUACAGCAAGGCUCUCCCGUCAAGUCCCGCGCCAAGUUUCGGAGGUUUUAUUAGACGCCUGAAUCUCGGAGAAGCAGAAGCCUCGUCAACAGCGCUCAAGUACUGGACAGAUCGCUUGACCGGUAUGGUGCCGUGUUUGUUUCCUGUACUGCGCGAGGCCGCGUGGACAGGUCCGUCCGCCGUGCAACACGUUGAGAUUCCUAUCCAUGGGAGCCAAGGGGCAUUGCGUAGAUUCUGUACUCAGCACGGGACGACCAUUGCCAAUGUUUUUCAAACUGCGUGGGCGCUGGUACUAAGCAUUUAUACCGGGACCGACGACGUUUCGUUUUGCUACCUUGUUUCGGGUCGAGAUGCCUCGGUGGACAAUGUUGAUGAGAUUGUCGGCCCUCUAAUUAGUAUCAUGGUUCAUCGUCUGACACUUAGCCGAUCUCUGGCACUCCUCCAAGUCCUACGACAGGUUCAAUCGGACUUUACGGUGGCACUGGGCCACCAGCAUUGCUCCCUGGCACAGAUCGCACACUCUUUGAAUCUGCGUGGACAGCCGAUGUCCAAUACGGUCGUGAAUGUUCAGCGCCGCUUCAGCCAAGGUGGACCAGACGGCGUAGCCGAUGUCUACAUCCGUGGGAUAGAUUGCUGUAAUCCGACGGAGUUCGCAAUAGCCGUCGAUGUUGAGGAUUGGGAGACUUAUAUGACCGCACGUCUCAGCUACUGGGAGUCAUGUAUAUCCCAGACCCAAGCGGAAGGGAUAGCUGAGACACUCGCCGAGGUAAUUCGAAACAUCCAGACCAAUCCACUGCAGACAGUUGGUGAAGUGGCCCUUGUUGGAGAUGCGGUACUCGCCAAGUUAUCGACCUGGAAUGCAGUCCUCCCUGAGGCCAACGAAGCUUGUCUGCCGGAGCUUGUAGAACGACAGGUGAUUUCUCAACCAUCUGCUGUCGCCAUCGAUACGGACGCAGAACAGAUCACGUAUAUCAGCUUAUGGAACCUUUCGGGCCUGCUUGCAGGACGACUGAUCGACUCUGGAGUCCAACCAAGGGACCUCGUGGCGGUGUGCGUUCCCCAGUCGAGUUGGGCUGUGAUUGCAAUGCUGGCAAUUCAGAGGGCGGGAGGAGCCUGUGUCCCCCUUGACCCAAAAGCGCCUGCUCAGCGGUGGUGGGAAAUAAUAUCCCGGACCGGUAUAUCUACUGUGGUCACAAGCGAAACGAAGAAACACAUCAUGUCCAGUCAGUUACCAGGCUUGCAGGUCGUCUCUGCUGAUGGCACUGAAAUCGAUCAACAUCACCUUCAAGGAUCUGGCCGGGUUCUUCCCGUCCUCUCUGUGGAUAGCACCGCCUACGUGCUGUUUACGUCCGGGUCGACGGGAUCCCCGAAAGGAAUUGACGUCCCUCAUCGGGCCAUCUGUACGAGCCUGUGCGCCCACUGUCCAGUUCUAGGCAUCACCAAUGAGACGAGAUCCCUGCAAUUUGCUGCGUAUACCUUCGAUGCUUCGAUUGAAGAGACCUUCGGCGUACUUGUUCACGGUGGCUGUGUGUGCAUACCUUCAGAGGACACCAAGAUGAACGGUCUAGUUGAUUUUAUCAACCGCAAGGCUAUCAGCUGGGCCUUCUUCACACCAUCGUUGGUCCGGCUUAUCGACCCUGAUCUCGUACCGUCUCUUCAAACGAUUGUCCUGGGAGGUGAAGCCGUUGGGAACGACAUCUUCAAUACGUGGAGUCACAGAGUGGACCUCAUCAAUGGUUAUGGCCCCGCAGAAGCAUCCAUCUGUUGCGCCGCCGCCCAUCUAUCUCUACGGCAGACGCAGUCACCAUCCACAAUUGGCCGUGCGGUGGGAUGUCGGAUCUGGGUCGUCGACCCCCAGAAUAUCAACCGGUUAUUGCCCCCAGACUGCGUUGGAGAGCUCCUUAUAGAGGGACACAUCGUGGCAAAUGGCUACUGGGGUGAUGAAGAAAGGACUGCCAGCUCUUUCUUGCCCCCUCCCGAAUUCUUGCAGUCCCUUUCCCUCGAAUAUCCGGCGGACAACUUUCGCCGGUGUUUUUACCGCACGGGAGAUCUUGUCCGUCAGCGCCAUGACGGAUCGCUCAUCUACGUCGGCCGCAGCGAUUGGCAGACCAAAGUGAACGGACAGCGAGUGGAAAUUGGCGAGGUUGAAGCGCAGCUUUCCUUCCAUAUGGCGAAAAAUCACUCAAACCACCUUUCGAUGGUUUGUGUUCCCAAGUCCGGCCCGUGGAUGAAGCGUCUGGUUGCCAUUUUAUCCCUGGACCCCGAGGAGUGCACUGUUGGCAAUCGCAGUAACGUCGUUUUCUGCUUAGAUAAACCGGAGACUGCGGCCAUGAUUCGCACAAUCUCAAAAGGAAUUGAGUCCUCCUUGCCACCUUUCAUGAUUCCCACUGUCUGGAUCCCCGUCAAACAGCUACCAACUUUGGCGUCCGGCAAGAUAAAUCGAAGAUGUGUGCAGGAAUGGGUGGAAACAUCCAAUGAGGGUAUCUUCCUUUCCGUUUCCCGCAUUAAUAGCGAGGCAUUCGGGACCAGCUCGACAGAGACUACAAGAGGGCUCACGCCCACAGAGACCGUGAUCCGCGCCAUCUGGAGUCGAGUGCUGAAUAUUCCACUACACUCGAUCGGGCUCGACAACACUUUCCUCUCCCUCGGGGGCGAUUCCAUCUCGGCCAUGCAGGUGGUGUAUCAGGCCCACCGUGAGGGCUUGACGAUCAGCGUCCAAGACAUAUUUCAUUGCAAAACCGUGGCUAAGUUGGGACGUCAUGCCGAUCACUCGUCCAAAAAUACCAGCAGCUCCAAUCUUCUCGCGCCCCCGGUGGAUGAAGUGGAAGUUCCUUUUGCCCUCUCCCCCAUCCAGCAAUGGUUUUUUGAGUCUGUUCCACACAAGCCAGCGAUCUUGAACCACUACAACCAGAGCGCCCACUUCAGAGUCAUGAAAGAGAUAGACCACUCCCAGCUGUUUAAGGCACUGCAGCAUGUUGUCCAGAGACAUGCGAUGCUCCGGUCACGUUUCAUACUAGAUAGUUGGUCCUGGCAGCAGAAAAUUACUACCGACAUCGAGGGAUCGUUUCGACUUGAAGUUGAAAGCAUUGACGCCAUUACUGCUUUCCGGUCUUGUUGUGAGCGAGCCCAAAAGAUGAUCGAUAUCAUUCACGGUCCCCUGCUGGUUGCUAUUCUAGUGAAGGUUGCUGAGCCUGCACAGCACUUUUUGGUAUUGAUCGGCCACCAUCUCAGCAUGGACGUCGUCUCAUGGUCAAUCAUUCAUCGUGAACUGGAGGCUUUCCUCGCCGGAGGCCAGGUGAUAGCGCCGCUAUCGUCCACGUCCUUUCAACAAUGGGCCCGACUUCACUAUGAACCUAACAUUGUUCCCGCUGAGCCCCGAGAAGUUUUACCGUUUAGCGUGCUCGAAGCUGACUUGGACUACUGGGGCAUGCGGGAUACCGCAAACGAGUACCGCCACGGAGAGUAUAUCACCACCAGCGUCGAUGAAGAGACAACUGCGUCGAUCUUCAAGGAGGCGAACAUUGCAAUAGGUACGGAACCGGUGGAGUUGAUUAUGGCUGCCGUUCUCUACUCCUUUGGCAGGAUAUUUCAUGAUCGAUCACUGCCUGCACUCUACAUGGAGGCUCACGGUCGCGAGGGCGAUGAAUUCGGUCUGGAUCUAUCGGGGACUGUGGGAUGGUUCACAACCAUAUGCCCCCUCCAGCUACAUCGGGAGUCUCUCCACACUUGGGCUCGCGCCGUAGCUCAAGUCAAAGAUCGUCGCCGUUCCAUUCCGGCCAAGGGUUGGGCGUAUUUUGCCUGCCGUACCGUCAGUCCCAAGGGGCAAGCAUCGUUCAACCACCACCAGCAGAUGGAAAUUCUAUUCAACUUCACUGGCUCCACCGGCGAUAUUAAUGAUGAGCAUGACCGUUUUCUCAGCCCAGUAAGGUUAAUGGAAGACUCGCGGUCAGAUUUCGAUCCCAAAACACCACGAGUAGCUUUGUUCGCGAUCGAAGCGUCGGUAGAGAACCGCCAGCUGCGGUUUUCUGUGAGCUAUCAUCGAUCGAUGCGGCACGUUCCGCGUGUGAAACAAUGGAUUCAUAGCCUUCCUUCGACUCUGCAGGAGGGGGUUCAGAUGUUGAGUACAAUAGGUAGACAACCCACCUUGUACGAUUGUCCCCUUGCGGCUUUGAAUUAUAGCGAUCUCGACUCCAUCCUAGCACGCAUCCAGCAGAGUCAAGCGGACAUGGUGGUGGAGGAGAUUUACCCUUGCUCCCAUAUUCAAGAGGGCAUCUUGCUGAGCAGUAUGAGAAACCCUGGCCAUUAUCAAGUCAGGUGGCUUGUUAAAGUAGAGGCGCGUCGUGGGCUGCCAGUUUCCACCCAAAGGCUGGCGAAGGCGUGGCAGUCGGUUGUGCGGAAACAUUCCAUCCUGCGUACUAUCUUUGUCGAUGAUCCCUCUGGUACGAGCUCAUUUCUCCAAGUUGUGGUGGAGGACCCUCGCUAUCCAGCCUCCAUCGUGGAGGUGCAACACAGAGAUUCUGUCGCCAGCCUGGAUGAGGAUAUUGACUUCACUGUCGGCGAAUUGCCAUAUCGGGCCACCAUCUAUCAGCUCCACGAUGGCAAUGUUUUCUUCCUGCUGGACAUCUCACACGCAAUCUUAGACGGCACUUCCAUGGGUAUUCUCGCUCAUGAACUAGUCAGAGGUUACGAUGGUAGUCUGACUGGGGAUGAGGCACCUCACUACCGUGACUAUAUUAGACUUCUGCAAACUAUGCCGCGGAAUGAGACCCUGGCUCACUGGAAAGCAUAUUUGCAAGACAUCGAGCCGUGCAAAAUGAUCAGUCGCAACAAUUGCGUAGAGAAAGUCAUUACCCCAGAAGUCCGGAAAGUGGCUGUACAGCUUCCCUCCACGGAGUCACUACAGCAGUUCUGCAAGACUUAUGAGGUUACGUUUGCGAAUAUCUUGCAGGCUGUUUGGGCCGUGGUUCUGAUGCAUUACUCCGGCAGUGAAACAGUGUGCUUCGGGUACUUGAGCUCAGGGCGAGAUCUGCCCAUUCCCCAUGUGGAUCGCGCUGUUGGGCCUUACAUCAACAUCCUACCCUGUGCGGUACGCCUACAGCAAUCCUCCUCCCGGCUCGAUGUUGUGAAGGCGAUACAGGCGGAUCUCUAUCAGAAUCUUGCCCACGAGCAUUGUUCGUUAUGGCAAAUUCACAAGGAAUUAGGCUUAAAGGGCACUACUCUCUUUAACACAUUGGUCAAUUUUCAGAAGACCACGGCCGCUGUCGAGGAUGCGUCUAUUUCCCUUACCACUGUGGCGAGCAGAGAUCCCAGUGAAUAUGACCUCGCAUUCAACGUAACAGAUGAGGGGAGUUCUAUGACCGCGGAAUUGGCUUUCUGGAGCUCUUUUAUGGAUGAGCCAGACGCAAAUGAUUUGUCGAGGGCAGUGUCCCGUGUUUUCAACGAGUUUGUUCGAUCUCCUGAGGCCGUAUUGCAUGAUUUAUCACCUAUUGGUCCUCUCAACGUCGAGCAGAUUGUUCGAUUGAUGCCGUCUCCCAUUAGCGGAGAACAGCAAUGUCUCCACUGGCUGAUCGAGCAGUGGGUGUGUAGGACUCCCGACGCUCCAGCGGUCUGUUCAACGGAGCUGGAGUGGUCGUACGCCAAGCUACACCAGCUCACGACCUCACUCAGCCACCAUCUGUGCCAGCUAGGGGUUGGUAGAAACGAUCGAGCGGCCAUCUGCAUGGAAAAAUCUCCGUGGGUCAUUGUCGCUAUGCUUGCGGUACUUCAAGCGGGCGCAGCUUUCGUUCCCCUUGAUCCAUCUCAUCCCAGGACCAGGAGAGAGUCUAUGAUCUCUUCCUUGGACGCCCAGGUGCUGCUCAUAUCCCUGGAUGCGGACGAGGACGCACACCUUACCAUGAGCUCAUGUCGACAAGUUCGUGUUGGCUCUACGAGAGGGGCCGGGUCCGAUACGGGCGUUUCAAGCAAUCUUCCGAAAAAUGAACCUGAUGACGCAGCAUAUAUUUUGUUCACAUCCGGUUCGACUGGCCAGCCCAAAGGGGUGGUCGUACCGCACCGAGCGGUCUGCUCUAGCAUCAAGGCUUGGUCGGACAUGUUGAACAUCCGAUCCACGACACGCUCCCUACAGUUCGCUGCAUAUACGUUUGAUGCGGCCAUCGGUGAGAUCUUUGCAGUCUUGGCGAAUGGAGGCUGUGUCUGUGUCCCUUCAGAAUCAGAGAGGCUCAAUUUCCUGCCCGAGACCAUAACCCAGCUGGAUGUCAAUUGGUCCUUCCUUACGCCAUCUGUAAUCAGGCAAAUCGACCCGUCGAGUGUGCCUACAUUGCAAACAUUGGCUCUUGGAGGGGAGCCUCUGAGUAAGGAGGUGAUUGAGACGUGGUGCGAUCGCGUUCACUUGAUCAAUGUAUACGGCCCGACGGAGACCUGCGUGUUCUCCCACGCCAAUCCCAUCACCGACAGCAAGCAAGAACCUUCUCUGAUCGGACCACCUAUAUUGGGGCGCUCGUGGGUGGUCAGUCCAUUCAAUAUCGACAUUCUAGUUCCCAGAGGAUGCAUCGGAGAAUUGGUGAUCGAGAGCCCGGCCGUAGCUGCAGGAUACUUCAAUAAUCCGGAGCAAACAGCAAAAGCGUUCAUUGCCCCACCUCGAUGGUGGAAGCUCGCCCAAGAUGCCCUUUCUGGCUCAAAUAAACGUACAGAGGAUGAGCUUCCCCGUUUCUACCUAACUGGCGACAUGGUUCGCCAAAAUGUGGAUGGUUCCAUAACAUAUCUGGGUCGGCGUGAUACACAGACAAAGAUCAACGGUCAGCGAGUUGAACUCGGAGAGAUCGAAUACCACAUUUUGCGGCUCCCAGCCGUUUUGCACGCUUUUGUUGGAGUGCCCAAGGGCGGCCCGUAUGAAUCUCGACUUGUCGCCGUCGUUUCUUUGAGAUCAGAAGACGGUUCGGGCCGCGGGGAGGCCGUUUUACCAGAGGACUUCCGACUCGAAGUUGUUGAGCCACAAAUAGCAGCCCGUUAUACAAGUGACCUUAUUGUUCAUUUGGAACGGAACCUGCCCGCUUAUAUGGUUCCAGCGUUUUUGGUGGUUGUCCGCCAGCUCCCACUUCAGCCCUCCGGAAAGAUCAACAGACGAAUGAUCCUUAGCUGGUUGAGCGAGCCCACAAUGGCAGGUCUCCAGAAGACACAACACAAUUUCACUCGCCGAGAGGAAGAACCAACAACGCUUGGCCCUGUGGAGAAGCAGAUGCGGGAGAUCUGGAGCGAAGUGCUGAACCUCCCUGUAACCCGAAUCCGCCUUGACCAGUCGUUUUUCGACCUUGGUGGAGAUUCCAUCACCGCGAUGCAGGUUGUCUCCAGGUGUCGGCGUAGUGGGUUGCAGCUGACCGUCCAGGACCUCCUACGUUGGAAAACAAUCACGAAAGUCACACCACGGACCAUUUCUUUAUCGCAGGUGACGGGAGAACGCGUGUACUCUCUGACUAGUGCCGGUUCAGUUGUCGAUAUGCGCAGCAUCGCUAGCAAGCUCGAAGCCAUCGGGUUGCCCGGCAGGGCAGGCGUCAAGGGAGUUUACGCUUGUUCGCCGAUGCAAGAAGGAAUCCUACUGGCAGCUCUCAAAUCUCCGGGGAAAUAUGAGGUUGUCCUGAUGCUCGAAAUCCGGGCCACAGGGUCCCAGGAUCGGGUCGACUUGGAAUUACUAGAAUCUGCUUGGUUACAGGUAGUCGACCGGCACGAUAUGCUCAGAACUGUUUUUCUUCAAGAGAAGACCGCGACUGGUGUAUUCUCCCAGGUCGUUUAUAAGCACAUAGACCCACCAAUAGAGAUAACAACCGUCGAUGACCUAGACACACUGAGAAGCGCUUCCUUCUCCGCGGGUCAUUUCGAUUGCAUUCCCUAUCGAGUGACUUUAUGCAAGUUAUCCGGGUCUUCUCUAGCCUAUGUUCGACUUGAUAUUAGCCAUGCCGUUGUAGACGGCUGGAGUUUAUCAAUCCUAUCGCGAGACCUCCAGCAAGCGUAUGACGGCCAACUGCCCUCCCAGCCGGUUGCUCAAUACUGUGAGUUGAUUCAGUACCUUGAGUCGCAACCACAGGAGACGUCAAUGGAGUUCUGGAGGCAUCUGUUGACGGGAAUGGUUCCUUGCCAUCUCCCCAACAUGAUCAGCAACUCAGGAAGCCAUUCGACACAGGAAGUGAAGCUGCACCAGACUCGACUCGAGGUCGAUCGAAAUCAAGAACUGCGUGAUUUCUGCGCAGCUCAUGAUAUUACUAUCGCCAAUGUCUUUCAAUUGGCCUGGGCUGUCGUCCUUUAUCGCUACACUGGCAUGGAAGAUGUUUGUUUUGGAUAUCUCAUCUCUGGUCGGGAUGCCCCUAUCGACAAUUUAGAGGAUGCUGUGGGCCCCUUUAUCAACAUACUGGUCGCUCGUGCAACCCUCCGACAGGGUAUUAGCGUGAAGGAAUUUCUGGGUGAGAUACGGGACACUUUCCUUGCCAUGUCUGCUCACCAGCACACCUCUUUGACUCAGAUCCAGCACGAACUAGCUGUCGGCAACCUAGGCUUGUUUAACACAGCGCUUAAUGUUCAACACCGCGCCCUGACACAGCAGAAUCCCCAUUCUGACAUUGAGAUAUGUGAAUUGUCGGGCAGGGAUCCUAGCGAGUUCGGGGCUAUUCUGAACGUCAUCGACGCAGGAAAUACCCUGGAGUUUGCUCUCUCAUAUUGGUCAGAUUUACUAUCCGAAGAAACUGGCCGAGAAAUCUGCUCGUUCCUCUCUUGUAUUUUGUCGGCCGUCUUGGACAAUAGCGGAUGCUCAGUCAAGACCGUCAGCCAAACCGCCGCGGAUGCUGCACGGAGCUUCAUAGAUCGCAAGGGCGACGGCGACAUCUCUUCCACACCACGUGGCAAUCCAGCGCCUGAGUGCUAUCGGCCACUGAAGGAACCCACCAAUCUGAUUGCCUUGACUGUUCAACAAGUCUGUGCGGAGGUCUUGGAUUUGUCUGUAUCGUCCUUGAGCCUCGACGAAACCUUCCUUUCCCUUGGUGGCGAUUCCCUCCUGGCAAUGAAGGUUGUGUCACGGUGCCGGGAGCAUGGUGUUGCACUCACUGUCCAGCAUAUGCUGCAGAAUCAGACCAUCCGCGAAGUGUUCGAGCACGCGCGCUUCUCGGACUCGUUCUCAUAUCGGCAGUUGAGGCACACGCCAGAUCCUACUGGUAUCCCUUUUCCCCUCAGUCCCAUCCAAAAGCUUCACUUCCAUUUGAUGCCCACUGGCCAGAAUUACUAUAACCAAAGCUUCUUUCUCCGUGUGACCGAACGGCUGGAAGCCUCGGCUAUCGAACGGGCAGUUCGUCUGCUGGUCCUCAGGCAUUCAGUUCUCCGGGCCCGCUUUAAUCAACAGAUCGAUGGGGCGUGGGCCCAGGUGAUCAGCCCGGACAUUGAAGGAUCGUAUCAUUUCUCUGCAACGUCUCUAAUCUCUUGGGACGACUUGUGGCCCUUGGUUGAAGGUGCCCAGAAAAGACUCAAUAUCCGGCAAGGGCCCCUUCUCUCAGUGGACGUCCUCAAUCUACAAGGGGGCGAUCAGCACAUAUACCUUGUCGGCCACCAUCUUGUGGUUGACCUAGUCUCCUGGCGGAUUAUCCUUGCCGACCUGGAGAUCAUUCUUCGGGGUGGUGAGCUUUCCCAUGAUCCCCCACUUUCAUUCCAGACUUGGAUUCGACUGGCAACCGAGUAUGCCCAGGACAAUAUCGAUCCGGCGACGACGUUGCCGUUCCAGCUCCGACCGGGCAACUUUGCGUACUGGGGCAUGGCAGGAAUACCGAACUUGGCCAAGGAUGUUUCCUCCUUGUCCUUCACUCUUCCUACUGAUAUCACUUCCUCCUUGCUCGGCCCAGCCAACGCGUCUCUUGGAACGGAGCCAACGGAUCUGAUGAUUGCCGCAUUGGCCCACACGUUCUCUCUUGUGUUCCACGAUCAUUCCGGGCUGACGAUUUUCCAGGAGUCACACGGCAGAGAGCCGUGGACGCCGGAAAUUGACCUCUCGGCGACAUGCGGAUGGUUCACGGUUCUGACUCCCUUGUCCGUAGAGACAGAUAAAGUAGAGUUUCGCAAUACCUUGAAAAGGGUCAAGGAUCUGCGCCGACGCAUUCCCGGAAAGGGAUGGCCGUACUUCGCGUCUCGAUUCGCUUCUCGACGGAGGACCGGUCAAAAACUUGACGAGAAAGACGAGAUUGAAGUACUUUUCAAUUUCGUUGGACUCUAUCAGCAGUUUAACCGCAAUGACUCUCUGUUCGUCCGUCCGGUGGCAGAUGUAAGCCUUCCGCCAGACUUUUCACCAGAUUCCAUCAGGCUCGCUUUAAUUGAAAUCAAUAGUCUCGUGGACGGCCAAGGGCGGAUGGUGAUGCACGUCACAUAUAACUCCAGAAUGAAGCGCCAGGAAGGUCUCACCGCUUGGCUCGAGCGCUCUCAGCAAGUAUUGGAAGAGGAGAUGCCGAAGCUUCUGACGGCGGCCCCGGAGCGAACACCCAGCGAUUUCCAAUUGCUCAGCCUGUCCUAUAAUGAGCUCAGUGCCCUAGAAAGUCACUGCCACAAGCAGUUCGGACUUGACCUCAAUGCAGUUGAAGACAUCUAUCCCUGCUCUCCGAUGCAGGAAGGCAUCCUUUUGAGCCAGGUCCGCGAUCCUUCGCUAUACCGCGUUGAAUGGGUCGCAGAUGUACGCUGUGUUGGGGGCGAGGCAGUCGAUCUCGGCCAGCUCAAGCAGGCGUGGGGGCAGGUGGUUCGCCGACAUCCCAUCCUGCGAACAAUAUUUGUCGAACGAGACCACGAUGCUGGGGCGUACUUGCAGCUGGUUCUCAACCAAAGUCUUUUCCCUUCAUCGUGCAAUAGCGCUUCUGCCUACAAGGUCCUUCUCCAUCUGCCAUACCACAUCACAUUCCAGUGUCUGCCUGAGACGGACACUGUGAGGAUCACACUGCAGGCUAACCAUGCGAUCAUCGAUGGCGUUACCCUCGCAAUUUUGGCUCGCGAUCUUGGGUCAGCGUACGGUGGCGAGCUCCCCGAUGUGUCGGGACCUCCCUUUAGUGACUUUGUUAAGUUUCUUCGUACCCGCACUAUAGACAAAGACCUCCAGUACUGGUCAGAAUUUUUGUCCGACAGCCAGCCCACUCUGUUUCCUUCUCUUGGGAGCCAGCUAGGACCAACCCCGGGUGCCGAAGACGAUCUUUUUGUCGAAAAACAUAUACACUUUGCAGACGGCGCCAAGAUGCAUGAAUUCUGCGCAACAUUCGGUGUCACUGUUCUGAACCUUUUUCAAGUGGCUUGGGCAUUGGUUCUGCGACUCUAUACAGGGCAGGAUGAUGUCUGCUUCGGGUACCUGGCCUCUGGUAGAGACAGUAAUGUGUCAGGGAUAGACGACAUUGCUGGUCCCAUGAUCAACAUGCUUGUAUGUCGACUUCAGCCUACCCGGGACAAGACUCCUCGCGAGCUUCUCAAACAAGCCCAUAAGCAUCUCACACUGGCUCUCUCUCAUCAACAUGUCCCACUCGCAGAAGUCCAGAACCGUCUUCGGACUCAUGGAACCCCGCUAUUCAACACGUUGGUCAAUCUCCAGAAGUCGAACGUUGGACAAGGUAUCUCUCAUCUUACAAUCUCCACCAUUGGGGCAAAUGAUCCCAAUGAGUUCACGAUAGGGUUGCAGAUUGCCGACAAUGGGCAAUCUAUUGAUGUCCUCUUCGGACAUUGGCUUUCACGGGUAUCUGUGGAUCAGGCCGAUUUGCUCGCAUCUCUGCUGUCAAGCACGGUCAAUAACAUCAUGGCGCGUCCCCGUGCCCGUCUCGGAACAAUCAACUUUUGCAACGGAGUACACGCUCAGAAGAUGGCUGAAUGGAACGAACAGGCUAGAAGGCCGGUGGUCGAGUCGACACUACACUCGAUUAUUCAAGAUCAAGCUAGACAGCGUCCGAGUACGAUUGCCAUUGCGUCCACAGAAGCAAUGUGGACGUAUGAGGAAUUAGAACGAGCUGCAGAUCAGACAGCUCGGUAUCUUCUGCGCCAAGGGGUCCAACCAGGCACAAUUCUCCCAUUCUGUAUGGCCAAGUCUCCGCGAGCCAUCGUUGUUAUGCUGGCGAUCUUGAAGGUUGGCUGCGCCUGUGCGGCUCUAGAUCCUGCUCACCCCCCAGACCGGUUGAAAUUGAUCGUCCAGCAGACUGGGGCAAAAUUUGUCAUCAGUGAGCCUGUUGUCAUGGAUUCCUUGAUCCUUGAUGGGACUGCGAACAUAUUGUCGUUGACCGACUGUGGCGGGAGCAUCAAUGAGCCCGGCCUAACUCCUUGUCAACUGCCAUCAGUGAAACCCACCGACAUAGCUUUUAUCAUGUUUACCUCAGGAAGUACCGGGACGCCGAAGGGAGUUUUGAUUCAACACGACUCAAUAUGUACGAGCAUUCAGUACAAUGGCGAAGCCGAAAUGGUAACGUCAAGCACUCGCGGCUUGCAAUUUUCAUCUUAUGCGUUUGACACGUCUGUUGAUGAAAUCUUCACUGUUCUCUCAAGGGGCGGUUGUGUCUGCGUUCCAACAGAGGCCGAGAGAAUGAAUCAUCUAGCUGCAUUUAUCAGCCGUUUUGACGUGAAUUGGCUUAGUAUCACGCCCACGGUUGCGCGGCUGAUUGCCCCGGGCGAGGUGCCGUCCGUGCGGACCAUCGUCCUUGGGGGGGAAGAAAUAGACCCAGGCGUCGUAAAUCAUUGGAAGGAUCAUGCAGAAUUGGUUGCAUCCUACGGCCCGGCGGAGGCAUCCAUUGCCUGCGCUGCGUCGCCCGUGACGAGUGUCGUUGGCGAUGCCCUGCUUGGCCGACCUGUGGCCUCGUCUUUGUGGGUAGUCGAUCCCUCCGACCAUGAUGCCCUCAUGCCAAUCGGCACGGCAGGAGAACUGGUUAUCGGUGGCCCUCUUGUAGCCAGGGGUUACUUGAAUGACCCAGAUCGCACCUCCCUUGCCUUCGUCUGUCCCAAGUGGUCAACGGAACUCAAUCUGCCGUUCAACAGGUUCUACCGAACAGGCGACAUGGCGCGCUGGAAUGUGGACGGCACUCUAUCUUACGUAGGACGCCUCGACACUCAGGUCAAACUAAAUGGUCAGCGCGUCGAGUUAGGAGAGGUGGAACGGCACUUACUGGCCCAACCCUGCCUUCAAUGCUCCACGUGCGCUGUGCCUCAGUCCGGUCUCCUCGCCAAUAGACUGGUUGGUGUGAUUGGGCUGCAAACUCCGCAGAUAUCUGCUGCGGAUGGAUUCCAUUGCCUCGAGAUAUCCCAGGCUAGGACCUUGGUUCCCUAUGCUUCUGAUGCAGAGGAAUCUCUUAGGGCCAAAUUGCCACCUUACAUGGUGCCUACCGUCUGGAUAGGCGUCCAAUCGCUUCCCUUGAACGCAUCCGGAAAGCUGGACAGACGCAAGGUGAAUAAAUGGCUGGAGUCUUUCCAAGAUGAGGACACCCUCAACAUCUUUCAGCUGGUCGGCUCAGAGCAAGAGGCGGAAGAUGAACCCCCGCUUACCCCAAUUCAACAGACAAUCCGCAACAUAUGGGCGGACGUUCUGGGUCGCACCUCUGAAAGCAUCGGCCUCCAGCGGUCCUUUUUUGCCCUUGGAGGUGAUUCCGUUGCCGCCAUUCGGGUUGUCGCCCAAUGCCGACAGGCAAAUUUGCAGCUGACAGUGCAGGAUGUGUUUCAAGCACGAACCAUUCAGUCCCUCGCCGCAUGCGCGACAGCCAUCAUAGAAAAGCCUGUGGAGACGGUGUCUUCCCUCCUUGAGCCGAGUCAAUGCGAAAAUCCAGAAAGCGAGCUUGCAAAGCUCGACUCAGAGGUCCUUUCAGGCCUGGGUGGUCCUGAGAAUAUUGAGGAAAUUUACCCAUGUUCGCCCAUGCAGGAGGGAAUCCUUUUCAGUCGGUCCAGCAUUGGUGGAUCAUAUGACACCCGCUUGGUUGUAGAGGUCCUUCCCCGUGACGGGGCCGAAGUCGACUUGGAUCGGCUGAAGAAUGCAUGGGCGGCAGUCGUUCAACGGCAUCCCAUCUUACGCACGGUUUUUGCGGACCGCCCCAGCGAUGACUCCGCCUUUAUCCAGGUGACUUUUCGAAAGUAUCGACCCGUCAUUAUGGGAUGCGAGACUUCCGAACAAUCGCUGGACGAUAUGAUUGCCAUGCCUGUCCAGCCGUUCGAUGACCGCAGGAACCCUCCCCAUCGCUUCACCAUCUGCACAAGCUCACAACAGCGGGUUUUCAUACUGCUUGAGAUCAGUCACGUUUUGACGGAUGCUGUCUCCAUCGACAUCAUUUGGAGGGACUUGCAGCUUGCCUAUGAAGGCGCCUUGACUACUUCGAAAGCCCCCCGCUACAGCAGAUUCGUCUCGUAUCUUCAAGGCACAUCGCAGAAGGACCAUAUGGCGUAUUGGCUCAAGUUCUUGAAAGAUGCGGAGCCUUGUCUCUUUCCCCAUCUCGGAACGGGCAACCAAAAAGGCGCAACACGGGCUGUGUCCGUCACAAUUUCCAGAGCAAUGACUGAUCACAUUCGGCAGUUCUGUGCAUCUCUCCAGAUUACGGUUGCCAACCUUAUUCAAGUGAUGUGGUCCAUGGUUUUGCGCUCGUACACUGGAAUGGACGAUGUCAGUUUUGGUUACAUCACAUCUGGACGGGAUCUUCCUUUGGACGGUAUCGACGAUUUGGUGGGCCCGUUGAUCAGCAUGAUGAUAUCUCGCGUGCGUUAUACGCCGUCAAUGAAAGUGGCCGACGUGAUCAAACAAGUAGGGCAGGAUACCGUAGCCAGUAUGGCCCACCAACACUGUUCGCUGGCAGCCAUCCACCGAGAAGUUGGGCUAAAGUCCAGGUCCCUGUUCAAUACCGUUCUCACCGUUGUCCGGCCGCAUUCCACGCAGUCGAUAGACAGUUCCUUGCAAUUAACACAAAUUGCGAGUUCGGCUGGGACUAGCGAAUUUGACGUUGUCCUGGAAGUGAGUGACUCUGGAGUCGAACUGGAUACUACCCUCGCAUACUCCGAGUCAGCUCUUCGUUCGGAGGACGCGACCAAUCUGUCUCAGGCGAUAAUGUGCGCGUUGAAUUGGAUCAUUGCACAUCCAGAAUCUUUGGUUGACCAUCUCAGCCUGUGCUCACCUGAUCUCAUAUCCCAAAUGACUGCCAUGAACAACGCGAGCCCAGAGUGGGAGUUGCGGCAGUGUCUGCACGAACUUAUCUCCUUGCGUGCACAUCGGCAACCGGAUUCUCCAGCCCUGUGGACCGGACAGGGAACAAUGACCUACUCGGAACUAGAUAGCAAAUCAACGAUGUUGGCCCGUCAGCUUAUCUCUCUUGGUGUCAGGCCCGGCUCUCUGGUUCCCAUAUGUCUAUCAAAGUCUACAGUGGCCGUCCUCGCUAUGCUUGCUAUUAUGAAAGCCGGGGGGGCAUUUGUUCCUUUGGACCCUCUACAUCCCACUCAGCGUUUGGCGGAUCUCGUCCAGCGGACGGGGGCAAAGUUGAUACUCUCGUCAGCCAACACGAGGAACUCAGCAGAGUUCGCUGGCCCCAGAGUGGUUGAGGUCGAACAGCUGCUUUCCCGAGUGACAUCAGUGAAUGAGAUAGAUGGUGUAUGCCCUGCGCCAGACCCAGAAGGCAUAGCUUAUGUUCUCUUCACAUCUGGAUCGACCGGUGUGCCAAAAGGAGUCGUUGUUCCACAUCGAGCUGUUUGUUGCAGCAUUCGAGCCCAUAGCGAAGCCAUGAACAUCAACACAACAUCCAGAUCUUUGCAGUUUGCCUCGUACACAUUCGACGCCUGUAUCUGUGAGAUCUUCAGCGUUCUAGUAGCUGGCGGAACGGUUUGUAUACCAUCCGAAGAGGAACGUGUCCAUGAUCUUGCAGGCUUUAUCACGCGCUCCCAGGCGAAUUGGGCCUUUUUCACACCCACUGUAAUUCGAACGCUCGGCCUCUCACCGUCCCAGGUUCCAUCUCUGCGAACUUUGGUACUUGGCGGAGAAGUGGUCACCGUGCAUGAUGCCAGGACCUGGGCCGGUCAUGUCUCCUUAUUCAAUGGAUACGGCCCAACGGAAACAUGCGUUUUCUGCGCCACCACGCCUAUCCAUCCUGACGGCGUGACCUACGGGCGGAUCGGGCGGCCUAUUGGUUGUGCUGCGUGGGUGGUCAGACCCGACAACCACGACAUAUUACUCCCCCCAGGCUGCCCCGGGGAGCUUCUCAUCGAGGGUCCGAUAGUCUCCCAGGGGUACCUCAAUGACCCUGUCCGUACACAGGAGGCUUUCAUCACCCACCCGGCCUGGGCUCAGAACCGCAAACUCAGUCAGAACCAAUCUUCCGCUCGGAGAUUUUACAAGACUGGUGAUCUUGUUCGCCAAUCACCAGAUGGCACCUUGGUUUAUAUGGCCCGCUUGGACAGUCAGGUGAAGAUCAAUGGACAGCGCCUUGACCUUGGGGAGAUUCGGCAUCAAAUCCACUCAGUGGUAUCAGAAGAUGUCCAAGUCUUCAUCGAUCUUCUGCCUCCGACUUGCUUGCCCAAUGAGAAAGCCUUGCUCGUUGCAUUCCUGGCUUCAACGCGCUUUGAACCGGAACAGACAAGCGGUUUCAGCCCCCCCAUCAAGGCCCUUACGUCCCAGCUCGAGCAAGAUUUACCGAGACUGCUUCCACGAUACAUGAUUCCGUCCGUGUACCUACCACUUUCAGCAAUUCCGCUCACCUCUGGAGGCAAGGUCGAUCGCCAGGCACUACGGAGGCGCGUGAGCAGGAUGAGCAUGAAGGAGUUACUUGUGUAUACUGGAGAAGAACAAGGUACAAAACUGCCUAUUUCAACUGCGGAAGAACAGCAAAUGCAAAUGCUGUGGGCGGAGGUUCUCAGAAUUCCCCCGGAGACCAUUGGAGCAUCGGAUCACUUCUUCCGCCUCGGUGCUGAUUCCAUCGACGGCAUGAAACUUGUUGCGUUGGCUCAGCGACACGGGAUUUUGAUUACUCUGGCCGAUAUAUUUCGCUCUCCUCGAUUAAGCGACCUGGCGACGCUGCUUGAGUCCCCGGCUCAUCCAGACGAUUCCAAGCAUGAUCUGAAGUCAAUUAUUCCGGCAUUCUCGCUUCUCAAUGUUCACUCCCGAAAUACGGUCCUGAAAGAGAUUAAAGCGGACUAUGCUCUGGAUGUGUCACAAAUCGAAGAUAUCUAUCCCUGCACCCCCCUGCAAGAAUCUCUGAUGGCAGCGUCGAUCCAAUCCCACGGUGCGUACGUCCACCAUUUGGUCGAAAAGCUCCCACCCUCAGGCGAAGUACCGGCGAUCAUGUCCGCUUGGCAAAGUGUCAUUAAAAUGACGCCCAUUCUACGAACACGAAUUGUUCAGACUGUAUCGGCGGGUCUCCUUCAGGUUGUCCUCAAGGAGAGCGUUCAGUGGCUGCAUCGCCGACAGGCCAUCCAGGAAUAUCUUGACGAAGACGCGCGUCAUUCCAUGACUCUCGGAGAUCCCCUACUGCGUCUGGCUUGCCUUCAUGAUCCCGGCACACCACAUACAGGUCAUAUAGUGAUCACCAUUCACCAUUCGAUCUAUGAUGGUUGGUCUUUGCCACACAUCAGGAAGCUUGUUUAUGCGACUCAAAAUGGGCAUCCUUGCUCAACGUCUUUGCCUUUCAACCGAUUCAUCCACUACCUAGAACGAAAAUCCGAUAGUAGGGCAAGCGAUUCUUUUUGGCAGAGCUUCCUUUAUCGUUCUCAGCCACUUGCAUUUCCACCUUUGCCAUCUACUGGCUAUCAGCCCGUUGGAACGGACUCGGUCCAGCUGUCUGUGCAUUGGCCAUCUACGUUCCCUCCCUCCGCAUUCACCCUGUCUACGUUUGUUCGUGUUGCGUGGGCGUUGGUUCUCGGGUCCUACAGUGGGACAGACGAUGUGAUAUUCGGACUCAGCCUGAGUGGUCGCGACACUCCCAUUCCUGGCAUUUUGGAUAUCUUAGGUCCCACGAUCUGCACGGUACCGUUUCGAGUAAAAUUCAGCGGCGAGAGUAUUGGCGCCCUGCUGGAGAGAGCACAUGCUGACUCUGCUGCGAUGUUACCAUAUCAACACAUUGGCCUGCACCACAUUCGCCAACUCGGGCCAGACUGUCAGCUUGCCUGUGACUUCCAAACCCUUCUUGUUAUCCAGCCAGCCCGAGAUCCGAGCGAUCCAGAACCCCAUUCGGAACUGACUUUCACAUCUUCAGGUGGCCUAACAUAUGCCUUCGCACUCAUUUGCCAGCCACAUCCCUCGGGCAUUGAAUUGCACGGUGAUUUCGAUUCAAACUGUGUUUCCAGACCUGUGGCAGAACGAUUGCUGUCUCAAAUGAAAUCUGUCAUGGGUACAUUGAUCUUUGGAGACCGAAGGAAGCUCGCCGCAGAGGUUGAUGUUAUCGACAUCAGUCAGAAAGCCACUUUGGCCACUUGGCAACGGGAGCCCUUGCAGCCCGGAGAGGGUCGAGUUGAGGAUUUGAUCAUCUCCCGUGCGCAGCAAGCCCCGGAUGAUCUCGCGAUACAUGCCUGGGAUGGGGAGUUGACUUAUAACGAGCUGGUCGAGGAGUCCGCGACACUUGCCGAAAAUCUUAAACGGCGCGGUAUAGGCCCCGGCAUGUUGGUACCGCUUUGCUUCGUGAAGUCCAUCUAUUAUGUCGUCACCUUGCUCGCCGUGACGCGUACGGGAGCCGCCUUUGUCCCAAUUGACCCCGACGCUCCUAUAGAGAGAAUGCAGAAAAUUCUCAAAUUGACUAAUGCCUGCUGUAUUCUCACCUCCGCCAGUCUGGCUGAGCAGACUCGCGCCAAGGCUCCUGCCAGGGUGGCUGUGUUCGCGAUUCCGUUGGACAGGUCAGCAAGGAUGUCUACUGAUUCUGAUUUGAUGCCGGGACAAUCGAUAGUUUCACACGAGGCAGUGUAUGUGCUUUUUACUUCCGGUUCUACAGGCAUUCCCAAGGGCGUCGUUGUUACCCACAGCUCGAUGAAGGCCAGCUUAAAAGCUCAUGGCCGUCGUCUGGGUCUGUCCGAGAGCUCUCGCGUCCUACAAUUCUCCAAUCAUACCUUCGAUGUUUCACUGCUCGAGAUCCUCACAACCCUCGCGUAUGGUGGAUGCGUCUGCAUUCCAUCCGAUGGUGAUCGGGUUAACCGGCUGUCUGAAUAUAUGCGUGAUGCUAAGGUAAAUUUUGCGAUUCUGACCCCCUCUGUGGCCCGAAUCCUUUCCCCCGUCAGUGUGCCAGACCUUCGCACGCUAGCCCUCGCCGGAGAGGCAUGGGGCCAGGAAAUCGUGAAUAUCUGGAGAGACUCAGUGCGUUUAUUCAACGCCUACGGGCCCACGGAGGCCACUAUUCUCAGUGCGAUUGGAGAAGUGGAUGCUCAAUGCUUCCGCCCAAACAAUAUCGGUUCAGGAAGCGGCGCGCUUUGCUGGGUUACCAGUCCGACUGACCCGACCCGCUUGAUGGCCAUCGGCGCCGCCGGUGAGCUUCUGCUCGAAGGCCCAAUACUCGCGCAAGGAUAUCUCGGCGAGGAAGAGAAGACGCGGGCAGCCUUCAUCGAUCCACCCAUGUGGCGGCGUGAGCUCUCUAGCCAUGGGGCACCUCCAUGCCGCUCUUCCCUGUACCGAACCGGCGAUUUGGCUCGGUACGAAGAGGAUGGCUCGAUCACCUAUCUCGGCCGCAUGGACGGCCAGGUGAAGAUCCGCGGCCAACGGACAGAAUUAAGCGAGAUCGAACAUCACAUUCUUGCAUCUGAUGCGGUAAGGAACGCGGUGGUUUUGCUGAGGAAGAACAAGCUAGUAUGCGUCCUCUCUCUCCAGUCUACUUCCCUCACGCCUGCUCCUUCUCGGCCUGGAGACAUCCGCCCUGUGUCUGACGAUGAUCGUGAUGCGGCCCUUCGUAUAUGCUUGUCAAUACGUGCCGGCCUUGCUCGGAAGGUACCAGAGUAUAUGGUGCCCGACCUUUGGGUGCCCGUCAUCGAUCUUCCCCUCUCCUCCUCCGGCAAGUUGGCCCGAAAGGGCGUUGACGAUUGGCUCGCAUCCGUUGACACUAAACACCUGAUCAAUCUGUCUCUGCAGAAGAUACCUUUAUCAACGACAUCGCCAUCGCCUAAUAUAGCGUCAUCAUCAGUGGAGCGGGCCAUUCGUCAGGUCAUAGCGGGCGCCUUGCAGCUUCCAGUGCAACAAGUCUCAGUCGAUGCUCCUUUCACCGCUCUCGGAGGAGACUCGAUUACCGCGAUAUUAGUCGCCUCCAAACUGCGGAACAUGGGAAUACUGUUGACCAUGCGUGAUAUCCUGGAGUUUCCUUCGAUUCAACAUCUCGCAUCACGCGAAGAUCUCACAGCCCCGAGUCCGGCCAACCUUCCGCUCGACGUCGAACAAGUGAAUGUGCCAUUUGAAUUGACCCCUAUUCAACGCUUCUUCUUUUGUUUCUUUCCCGAUGGAGCGAAUCACUUCAAUCAAAGUAUCCUUGUCCGCGUUGCACGUCGUUUUACUUAUGAUCAGUGGAUUACUUCCCUCCGCGCUCUCGUGCAGCGCCAUGGCAUGCUGCGGGCCAGAUUUUCCAAUGUCGACAACAAUCUCCAGCAACGUAUAACCGAUGAGAGCGAGGGGGCGUGUUGCGUAAAGUGGCAUACUCUAGAAGCGAUGGACCCUUCUUACAUAUCCACAGCAUUGGACCGCUGCGAAAGGAGGAUCGACAUUUUCCAAGGCCCAAUUUGCGCGGUGGAGAUAUUCGACUUUCCACACGAGCAGAUCUUCUUCAUCGCAGCGCACCAUCUUGUCAUGGAUUUUGUCUCCCAACAAAUCCUACUGAAAGACUUGGACUCUCUGCUGGCCGGCGAAGAGCUGUCCACGCCACGACCAUUGAGUUUUCAGGCCUGGUCUCUCAAGCAGAUAGAGUAUGGUUCCAACUUGGCGUUGUCUCCGCAAGCAGUCCUUCCUCAUCACGAAAACGUUCCCCUUGCGAACCUGAAUUACUGGGGUAUCGCUGCGAUGGACAGCUGUUACGCCGACAGCGCUGUGCGCGUCCUGGAAUUCGACUCGACCGUAACCUCUUCUCUCGUUGGAGAUGCAAACAGGGCCUUCAACUCCGAGCCGAUUGAGUUAUUCAUUGCCUCCUUACUACAUUCAUUCGCCAACACAUUCACGGACCGAUCUGCGCCAGCCAUCUUCAAGGAAGGGCACGGUCGCCAGACCCGGGAACCCCGGUUGGACCCUUCUUCCACGGUGGGCUGGUUCACGACCAUCACUCCUAUCGCCCUAGCGGUAUCCCCCCAGCUCUCGACCUUCGAGGACACGUUGCGACGAGUCAAGGAUAUCUGUCGUGCUAUCCCCGCCAAUGGGUUCGAUUAUUUCACUUCUCGAUUUCUCAACGCCAGCGGAUCGUCUGCGUUCCAGUCCCAUGGCCCUAUGAUGGAGAUUGUCCUCAACUAUGCAGGGGUACUCAACAAUGUCCAACAGGGUGGGACAUUGUUCUGUCCCAUUGCCACUGAGGAACAGCGACAGAUGAGGUACCAUGAUAUCAACCCGCAGUUGCGACGCUUUGCCGUCUUUGACAUCUAUGCACAAGUUGCUGGUGGUAAAUUAUCGUUUACGUUCGCCUACAGCCCCUCUUUGAAUUAUCAGGACCGUAUCUCCGCCUGGAUUGAAAGCCUCCGUCGUCUCCUGGAAGCUAUCAGUGUGGAUCUCCCAGCGAAGCAACCGCAGAAAACCCUGGCAGACUACCCCCGUGCGCGUCUGGACUAUACAGCAUUGGAGCGGCUGCACAAGGAUAUUAUACCAUCCUUGUAUCCUGCCAAACUCGACGAUGUGUGGGAAUGCUCGCCCACUCAGACCGUGAUGCUACGCGCACGAUCCUAUCAACCUCUCUUCUUCUCGCCCCACUUUAUCUGGAAGAUUGCUGGUACAAAGGCUUCGGAGGGCAACCGGGAGCGACUGACAAAAGCAUGGAAACGGAUAGUGGCCCGGCACUCUGUCCUCCGGUCCGUUUUCACAAGCCAGUUGACUGCCACCUACCACCAAAUCGUUCUGGCCAACCCGCCGUUCUUCAUUACUUGGGCCGAUAUGGCCGGCAAAGAAAGUCCAUCCGAGGCCCUGCGUCGUCUUCCCCCUCUUCCGUCCGAUGAAUUGCACUUGGCUUUCCGGCUGACAGCGUCGGAAGAUGACGAAGGUGACUUGUUCUGUCGGCUUGAUAUCAACCAUGCGCUGAUUGAUCACGUGUCUAUCAAUGUCAUAUUAUCCGAUGUGAUUGCUGUUUAUGGUGGGCAGCCCAUGGACUCAGACAGCGCUUUCUCCACAUUCAGAGACUACGUGGAGUACAGUCAUCUUCGUCUGGUAGACGGUGAGCCCUAUUGGCAAGACCGCUUGCACGAUGCUUGUCCAUGCGUCUUGACGCAGCGUCCCUACCGGCAAAUCCCGGGUGUGCUCUUCUCAAAAUCGGUCUCCGUGAACGCGUCUGCCUUGAAAGCACUCUGUCUCAGCUCCGGUUUUACGUUAGCAAGUCUGUUCCAGGCUUGCUGGGCUGUCCUGCUCCAGCGCUAUGUGGGAUCGGAUGACGUUCUAUUCGGCUACAUAGCCUCCAACCGCGGCCUUCCCAUCCGCGGCAUUGAUCGCAUGGUCGGCCCUCUUAUCAGCAUCCUCCCGCGUCGCGUCCGACUCUCCCCUUCAGCUUCCUCUGUGUCCGAACAAGUGCGAGCCAUUGCCAAGCAUAUCCACGAGCAACUGCACGAUGAUCUGGAACACCAUAUGUCCGCCGGAAACACUAUGGCCGAGGUGAUACAGCGCGGUAGAUGCAUUGAGGAGCUGUUAUUCCCUUUCGAUACCGCCAUUAAUUUCCGGAGUCAGCCUUCCGCAGCGGUGAACUCGGUCUCAUCUGAUCCCACAUCGCCUCUACAGUUCGCUGAUGGGCAAGACCCUAUGCCGGUAAGUCAUCAACCUUGA